AGUACAAGGUUAUCAGUGACGGACUUGCCAAUUUCCCCGGAAAAAGGGUAAAAAUAUGCAACUUGAACUGUCCAUAUCUAAUAUAAGCUUGGCCAAAAGAUUAGUCAGUUAGUUAUAUUGGAGACACUGAUAUACAAGAUUAUUCAGUGGUAUAUUAAAGAUAAUCAUGUAUUUUAAAUGUAAAUUAUCGGGCUGUAAAAAGAAAUUUCCAACAGAUAUUCACAGAAUUUAUCAUGAAGAAGAUGACCACGGCAUUAUUAAACCAAAAAAGUGUAAAGUCUGCAAAAAACAAUUUGACAGAAAAUCCAUUUGCAUACGUCACCAGCAGCAGGAACAUGAAACAAAAAAUCUAACGCAAUAUUUGGAUGAGCGUUACUACGAAAUAGACGUAGAACCAGCUUCUCGCAAAAUUGCUCUAAGGGAAGUUAAGAAGGUAUUUAAUGAACUUGGAAAAUGCUUUGGCGAUGGAAUAUUUUCCAAUAAUUUCAGAAAGUCUGGAAGUUAUUCAACGGAUACUAAAGUUUUGCACGCAGAUGAGUUUGACUUCGAUGUACCCUUAAGAUUCGCCUUGGAAGAAUUGCAUUUAAAUCGAGAGGGAGAAAAAGUAUUUUUUCACUUUACACAAAGGCAAAAGACGCUUAAUUUAAAUGUCCCUAUGAAGGUAGUUGGAACAAGAAGCUGGGAGGGAAUUCCCCAAGGUUAUGUGGAAGUUGUAACAAAAAAUGAUGAAAGAAUCGUACCUAGAAUCAUCCAAGAAGAACUUUAUACAAAUUUACUGUGUGCUAUAAAAAAUGUAGAUGGUAUUGUAGAUGUUCUUAAAGAACCUAAAGGUCCAGCGCUGACAGUUAAAAUAAAGAAACCAGGUCUUCCUCACAUAACGGUUGAUCUCUCAGCAUCUAUCUCCACAAAUCAAGUUACACUAAGUGAUUAUAAAUGGCCAAGGGAGAAAACUAAAUUAGUUUUAACAAAAGAAUUAAUUAAAUCAAUCAAAGAUGCUGGGCUCCAUCUAAUUCCAAAGAAGCUGAAGUUUUGGUAUAUUUUCGUUUCCAGAGCUGGACAGGUUCUAAUGAACGGUAUAGAUUCUAACGAUAACGGCUGCCGAAAGAGAUGCCAUAAACUGUUGAAAGCUGAUUUCCAGACUUGGUUGGGGAGAUCCAAUAAUAACUUACCUGGAAUAUCAACGAUGAUUUUUAAGCAUCAACUCUUUUGGUUUAAUGAGGGUAACACUACACUAGACUGGUCUCACACAAAAACUGCAGAACGCUACUUGGACAUGUUAGAAGAUUUAGGCAAACGAUUGAGAAGUGGAAUUUUAUACAACUACUUCAAAGAUUACGAAAAUAUUCUCCAGGAUAGAGAUAUGCAGGUGUUGAAUCAAUUAGCCAAUUUGGUCGAUGCGAGAAGACAAGAGCUAGCAAUGAUGGGUUGAGGGAUUUCAUUUGCAACAAGAUUAACCAAGGGAGAGAAUUUGCUGAGAAUGCUAACGGCAUGUAAUAAGUAACGGGUGGAGAACCGCAUUUUCAGGAUGUUAUGGUUUUAUCGAAAAAACCCGUGAUUUAUUAAAAAGGCGAAUGAAGCGUAGUGGAGUCACGUUUUAUCAAACUUACUGUUAAGAGAAAAAUUGGAAAACGUUUUGAAUUCAUUUGCUUCUGAAGUGAUGCAAAGAUGAUGGAUUGACUGGUACUUGAGUUAACGGCCUUUUUUCUUUCUUCAUAGUUUCAUUGGAAAAUUUUAAUACAUGGAAUUGGGCAAAGGUUCAAACAUAGUAAAUUAAACCGCUACGAUAAAAUUGAACGUCAUCAGUUCGAUUCUUUAAGCCCACCAUUAUAUGCACAGUCUGCUCAAUCAGAGUUUAGUUCUUGGCAAAAAACCGAACACUCUAUUGUAAAUCAAAAUUUAAAAAAUAACAGCUGUAGUGUUUGUAAACAUUGUAAUUAAUAUUGGUGAAAACUGCAAACUAACUAUGUAAUUUGUUUCCAUGUAUGUAUAAUAUAACAAACAAAACGGA